AUGGUUCUCUCUAUGUCCCGCAAUACAGCCAGACUGCUGACAGUCAACUUGGCUGCCCCGACGCGAGCUACGUGGCGACCACUGGGCUAUAGUUCGAUGCGCGCACUCCGUGCAUGCCCGUGCAGUUCAGCUGUACCGAGGUGCGAGCCCAGCACAGCUCGCUCUGCGGCUGGCAACGAGGAGGCCGAGGUCGAAUGGAUCAGCUUUGCAGGCCGGACGGUGGCACGCUCUGGGCUCGAAGAGGGAGAGACUCUGUUGGAAGCAGCUCGUGCAAAGGGAGUCGAGCUCGAAGGUGCUUGUGAUGGGAAUCUGGCGUGCUCGACGUGCCAUGUGGUGCUGGAAGAGCGCAUCUUCGGCAUGCUGGAUAGGCCUUCCGAUCAAGAAUCGGAUCUCUUGGACCUUGCCCACGGUCUUGAACGUUGCCGCGAUCAGCCCAGAAGGUCUCUCGUUGAGCGCAGACGCGUCUCGUGCCAGGCGCGCCUCAGCCAUCGGACCUCGACGCGCAACGCACCCCUGCAGGCCGCUCGGUCCGCUGCCUCCUCUUCCUCGAUUCGCUCGAUUCGCUCGCUUUCUCGUGGCUUUCAGCCUAGCCUAGCCAUGUCAGCUGGACCGUCGGAAGCGGCAGAGGCGCAAAGCGUAACUAGCAUGCAGGCUAUCUGGGAGCAGGACGCCGAUCUCGCCAUCUGCACCACCUGCGGCAACCAGUACCCGUCGGUUCAAGGCCCGCAAGAGUGCCCGGUCUGCUACGAUGAUCGCCAGUAUCCGUGCCCGACCGGCCAAGCCUACACAUCGCCGAGAGAGCUGGCUGGCAAAACCUCAUUCGAGCUUGUGCCAGAGCCAGAGGAUGAAAGGAUCAUUCGCGUCAAGCUUGAGCCUCCCGUCGCCAUCGGCCAAACCCCUUUCAUCCUCCUCACCGCUCAAGGCGUCGUAGUAUGGGACUGUUGCGGCUUCGUCUCGGUCGACUUGAUGCGUCGCAUCCAACAACAAAGCCCCACCGGCAGGGUUCUCGCCAUCUUCAUAUCUCAUCCCCACUUCUUCGGCACGAGCCUCACCUGGGCCAAGCUGCUGGAUUGCAAAGUCUUCAUCUCCAAGCCAGACCGCCUUUGGUACCAGCGCGGCCUCGAAUCUGCUCAACCACACCCAGACAUUGCAGCGCGCAAAAAAUUCGUCGUCGAGGUAGAUCAAGACACUUUCACUCUGCCGCACCUGCCUUCCAUAACGCUCGUCCGCUGCGGCGGUCAUUUCCCGGGCUCCAAUGUGCUUCAUUGGGAUCGCGAUGCCGACGCUCCGGAGGAACAGGCUCGGCGCGGCGCUGCAGUGCUAUGUGCCGACACCUUUAUGGUGAUGCCCGAUCGCAAGCGCUUCACUUUCGCCUACAGCUUCCCCAACAACAUCCCACUUCCGCCACACGACGUCGAACGCAUCUGGACGCAGAUGCGAAGCUUCAACUGGUCGGCCACUUACGGCGGCUGGCCAGGCCGUCACAUCCUGACCGACUCCCGAGCUACGCUUCUUCGCUGUGCUCGCUACUAUGUGCAGAUGGAAGGUCACUCCUCCGAAGCCUUCCAAGAGCUGCGCGAGGCUCGAGCUUGA